AUGAAGCCGAACCGAUGGGCGCCACUCGCUCGAUUUCCAAUAACAGGACUUCUGCAGAAGCAAAUCCCCAACCCGCUGAAGAGGAAGAGGCUACAGAAACCGGAGAUUGUCAGCGAGAGUUUAUGUGAUGACAUCCUUCAACGCCUCGGGCCGUAUCUCCUUCGAAAACCGCCAGUGGAUGUCCUUGAUCUCAGGCCCGGUGCUGGAUUAUGGUCGUCCAAAGUGAAUGAUUUUCUGCGCCCUCGACGCCAUGUACUUGUGGAACCCAAUAUCAAAGUCUUCGGACCGAUGCUCAAGACGCUUGCCGAAAGCAAACCCUGCUACAGUCUAGUUUCUCAAGAUAUAAACGAUCUCGAUGAGGAUUGGCACGGCUUUCUCGCCGAACAUCUACCGGAACAGGGGUUCUCCAACUGCGAUGCUUCGGGCGCGUUGGCUAAAAACGAUGCGCUACUAGUUUUGGCCAAUGUGCCUCCGAACGCUUCCAAACUAGAUCACUACACGCCGGCGCGAUCAUGGUCAGCCCUCAUGGAGGCCUGUAUGCGGCAGUCCGGUCUCCAUACAUACGGGAGUGUCCGUGUUAUUGCCACACUGCCUUUGUUCGAGGCGCAGACGAUCCUUCCACGAUCAGUGUCCCAUCGUAGCCGUCCGGCUUUGGUCACGGAAAAUGUCGCUUUACGCGCCUUUGAAGUCGCAUCGACCCAGGAUCAAAGCAGCUGGACUAUGGCCAAGGGAUGGGACCUAGCAGCUGCCAACGCGGCACGGGUCGCUGAAAGGAGCGCGCAACACAAUGUUAUAGUUCCUGCAGGACGACAAGUCCCGCCGGUUCCCUUGGCUCCAGAGGCUCCUGAGCCGGGGCAGUCUCCUUAUCCCUAUGUCCCUCGCAUGAAAACCGAUAUGCACGACAGGAUCUUGAAAACGAUCAAGACUGCGGAGGAAUCUCCCAGUGAUACCGCCUUGAAGAAAAAGAGACAGAGGGCAUUAAUCCAAUUGAGAUACGACAAUCGGAACUCAUUCCUUCGCAAAGAGCUGGCGGACAAACAGAUCAAGAUAGACGAGCUCAAUCGAUCUCUGUCGCGUAAGGCUGCGGAUCCCACCGCCGACUUGCAGGAUCUCCAGCCGAUCCUGGACCAGAUAGGUUCCCUCAAAGCCGACAUCGCCAAGCUAAGCUCCGAGGUCCACUUCGAGGUCCUCCACCACGUCCCGAACAUGAUCGACGACGCCCGCAGCGCGCUCUCCACCGGCACCUUCGAUGACGCAGUCCUCCUCUGGGACCGGCGCCCGUUUGAGCCCCUCCACAUCCAGCCCGAGGAACUCUACCCGAGAGAAACCGACAUGACCAUGAUCUACUUCGAGGCCGACGCCAAUUCCCCCAUCACGCGCCUUUGCAACCAGGUCGACGAUGCCUCCAGAGCCAAUCUAUACCGCAUUUACGAGGCCGUCUCCCUCAUUUUCGGCAGCCGCGGCGCAAUGCCCGUCUCCGAGCUCCUCAGUUCUCUCUUUCCCAGCCGGCCCAUCAACGACCUUGUCCGCGCCAUCCCCAGCCUAGCAACGCAUGCUGCCAGAACGCCCAAGCCGAAAUUUGACAAUCUUCCCAAGAUCGUCCACGGUCGGCCGGGAGAAGACCCCAGCAAACAACUAGACCCCGUGUCCAAUUUCCAGGAGAACUUAGACUAUGACCUGAGCGACGUGCGGAUCCGCUGUCUCUCCUCUAUCACGCUGUGGGAGAUUAUCCUGGAGUAUCAGAAAGAUAACAAUACGGAGGUCAACGUGGUGCAGUUGAAUCGUCUGCUUGGGGGAACGUUGACCUCGUUCCGGGCUGGUGAAUAUAGCGUCGAACCUAAAAAACUUAGAUAG